AGAAUGGGGCGGGUCCUUCUCUGUGGGGCUGGAUCGUAAGGCGGAAACAGGAUAUGCCAAGUGAACGUUGGGCUGAGGUGUGUUUAUGUGAGUUUUAGGGCCGAUUUUGAAAAAGUAAAAUUUAGCCUGGCAGGAUAGAGCGGUGGAGACAAAGUAUUCAACUCCUGUCUUAGUUUGACAACAGUUGGACUUCUCCCGAGUUCUUCUUUGGUGCUGCGGGCUCCAGGCUGCUGCUGAGGCACCAUGAAAAGGUUCAGGCGACAUGGAACUGAGUCCCAGCGGGAUCGCCUCAAACAGGAGCUCUUCCAGUUCACCAAGACUGUGGAACAUGGAUUCCCCCACCAGCCCAGCGCUCUGGGAUACAGUUCCUCUCUUCAGCUCAUGGCCAUUGGAACUCGCUCUGGAGCCAUCAAGCUGUACGGCGCUCCUGGCGUGGAGUUUAUGGGUCUCCAUGAUGAAAAUGCUGCCGUCACACAGGUGUUCUUCAUGCCUCAUCAGGUGGAGCUGGUGACUUUGCUGGAUGACAACAGUCUGCACAUGUGGACUUUACGAAGCCACAAAGGACUUUCAGAGCUGCUUGAGAUAGGCCGUUUCCUGCUGACUGGACCACCUGGGGCCCCCCCCAGUGUGACCAGAGUGACUUCAGUGCUGACUCACUCCUCAGGGGAGCUGCUAUUGUUGGGAACAGAAGGUGGACAUGUGUUCAUUGUUGAAGUCCCAGGAUUCAGAGAGUUGGAAGAGAUGAACAUCAGCCUUGACCAAAUCACCAGCUGUGUACCAGAUGACUACAUUGGUCGCAGGAAUCUGGAACAUGUUGAGGCCCUGCAGGAGAACCCCAUCAACUCCAAUCAGGUUGCUAUCGGCUACGGACGGGGUCUGAUGGUCAUCUGGGAUUUGAAUCACCGCUGUGCCAUCCGCCACAUCCCGGCUACUCAGCAGCUGGAGAGCAUGUGGUGGACGGAGAAUGGAAGCUGCAUUCUGAGCUCGCACAGUGAUGGAAGCUAUUGCUGCUGGACAUUGAGGACUGGGGAUAAAAAGGAGGAAGAGGAGAAAUCCAAUAUUCCAUACGGACAUUUUCCUUGCAAGGCCAUCAAUAAAAUAGUUCAGCUUCCGACUGCAGGAGGGCCUCCGUUCCUGCUGUUCAGUGGUGGCAUGCCGCGGGCCAGCUACGGGGACAGACACUGCAUCACCGUGAUCUACAGUAAAACACAAGUGGCCUUCGACUUUACCUCCAGGAUCAUCGAUUUCUUUGUCAUCAGAGAUGGCCCCCACCACACAGGAGAGCCCAGCGCGCUGGUGGUACUGGUGGAGGAGGAGCUGGUUGUCAUCGACCUGCAGACAGAAGGCUGGCCUGUUAUUCAGACACCUUACCUGGUUCCGCUCCACAGUUCAGCCAUCACCUGCUCCCACCAUGUGUCUGCCAUUCCCCUUAAACUAUGGGAAAGGAUUAUUGCUGCUGGAGUGGUCCAGAAUACUCAGUACUCAAAAAAGCUUUGGCCGAUAACAGGAGGUCAGAACCUGGCCCCAGAUCCUCCACAGAGGGACCUGUUGCUCACUGGACAUGAGGAUGGAACUGUGCGGUUUUGGGAUGCAUCAGGAGUUUGCCUGUAUCCUCUGUACAAGCUGUCCACAGCGGCAGUGUUCAAUGCAGAUGCUGACCUUAAUGACAACAUGAGCCAAAGCGCUGAAGGAGAGUGGCCACCCUUCCGAAAGGUUGGCUGCUUCGACCCAUACAGUGAUGACCCAAGGCUUGGAAUCCAGAAGAUCCAUCUAUGCAAAUAUAGUGGCUACCUUACUGUUGCUGGCACUGCAGGACAGAUUCUGAUGCUGGAGCUGAAUGAUGAGGCAGCAGAGCAGACAGUGGAGGCUAAAGUUGUGGAUUUGUUGCAGGGACAAGAGGGAUUCCGCUGGAAGGGCCAUACCCAACUGGAUGUUCGUGAGGAGCCUGUGCUUUUCCCGCCAGGGUUCCAGCCUUUCACUGUGGUCCAGUGUCAGCCUCCUGCUGUAGUAACAGCCCUCAAUCUACACUCGGAGUGGAAGCUGGUAGCCUUUGGAACCAGCCACGGCUUUGGCGUGUAUGAUUACCUACAGAAGAACACUGUUCUUGUCAAGUGCACAUUAAAUCCCAGUGACCAGCUCGCAAUGGAAGGACCUCUGUCCAGAGUAAAGAGCAUAAAGAAGUCCCUGCGACAGUCAUUUAGAAGAAUCAGACGCAGCAGAGUUUCUUUGAGAAAACAUCACAUCAGCAAUACCAACAAGAUUCAGGAGGCAAACGCUCGUCUUGAGGCUGAACUGGCCGAGAUGGAGCUGGCUCCUGUCCAGAGGAAGAUUGAAGCUCGGUCCUCAGAUGACUCCUUCACUGGCCUUGUUCGAAUUCUAUGCUUCGCUGAUACCUUCUUGUCAGAUAGUUCACACAACACCCCCUCCUUGUGGGCAGGGACUAACGGUGGAACAGUGUUUGCAUACAUUCUCUACAUCCCUCCUGUGGAGCACAGAGCAGAUGAAGCUCUUACUGCACAGCCAGCUAAGGAGAUCCAGCUGAUGCACCGUGCCCCAGUGGUUGGGAUUGUGGUGUUGGAUGGUCACGGGGCUCCACUGCCUGAACCUUUAGAGACGGCCCAUGACCUGGCUCGCUCACCUGACCUGCUUGGCUCACACCAUGUAUUGGUCAUCUCUGAGGAGCAGUUCAAGGUUUUCACUCUGCCAAAGUUGAGCUCUAAGAUGAAGCUUAAGCUGACUGCUGUGGAUGGAUCCAGGGUACGGAGAGUGGGUGUGGCCUGGUUUGGAAGCAGCCGAACGGAAGACUAUGGCGAGAGUGGAUUGGUUUUUCUGACCAAUCAGGGUGAUGUGCAUGUGUUGUCACUCCCACAUAUUAAAAUGCAGAUUAGGUACCCCUGCAUCCGACGGGAGGAUGUCAGUGGCAUCGCCUCCUGUGUUUUCACCAAGCAAGGCCAGGGCUUUUACCUGAUGUCUCCAUCUGAGUUUGAACGAUUCUCUUUGUCAACUCGCUACCUGGUGGAACCUCGCUGUCUGGUUGAAGCUCCUCUUCCUCCAGUCUUUUCCAACCAACACCAACCAAAGCUUGAAGGAGCCUCAUCAGCCCUCAGAUGUACACAAGACACUGAGGAUCCAGAAAGCGCAGCUAGACGUGUUAUGGAGCAUGCGUUGCUGAAUGAUGAAAAAGUUCUGCAGGAAAUCCAAAAGUCUUUAGAGGGUGACCAGACGGCAUUCCCAGAGAAUAAUGUGAAGAGUGCUGUUGCCUGAGAUCAGGUUCUCAGCUGCUCAGAGAAUAAAUCCAUUAAAAUGUAUGAAGUGCACUACAGUCACACAGAUUCUCUAACCUCCUGCUUGGCACACAUAACCACUACUGAUUCCUGAUCCUUCUAAGAGCCACUUUAAAUGGAGGCCAAAAGGCUCACAGUGCUGCAGCUGUUUGAGUGCCAUAAGGACGCAGCAGACUGAAGAUGAGUCCAGGGCCUCCCUGUGCCUCCUUGGCAUGGUGACUCGCUUCCAGCUGGAAACUACAUGAAAUAUUUUCCUUUUCCUGCCUACAAUCUGAGUCCAUCAAACCAGUUGUGAUCAAUCCUCAUAGAUGCAAUGGAUACCUGGAUUGUGGUAAAAGUAAGUUUGAAAAAAAAAAAAAAUUAUUUGAAGUUAUUUUUUUUUCUUUUAAACUAAGAUGUUUGUGUUUUUUUUGUUAGUUUGCCAGUAUUUGUCUGUAUGUAUAUUAUAGUGAUAUACAUGAAUUAGCUUGAUGCCUAAAUUUAAAAAUAUAUACUUUAAAAAUGUACUCUGCUAUAUUUUUCACCCAAAUUCUUUAUACCUUUACACAUUUUUAACGUGACACUAGGUAAUUUUAUAUGGACACAUUCUCUAAUAACGUUCAUGCAGUGAACCACUUUUUAAUUUACUAUUUUUUUGGUUUUACUCGGGUUAUAAUUUUAAUAAUGGCCUUUCAAAAGUAGGUCUUUUUUGUCUUAUGAUUUCUCCCUUUCAGAAUUUAUGAAAGAAUUUAUUGUGUAAUCAUAAGAUAAAUUUGAAUAAAGGGCUGUUCCUAAAUUAAACUGUUACUUUUUAGGGGAAAAAAAGAUUUUUGUUUGUUAAAGCCAAAAUGGGGAUUCACACUACAUGCUCAGUCCCACCCUUUCCUGUUAGCUGUAAGGUAAUCUGACCACAGGUACUUGUGCACUACAGUUCAGCACACUGUUCUUCUUUUGGGGGGAACUUUGUCUAGGGUUUAUUUUUAUAAAUAUUAUUAUUAUUAUUGUUUUGUAAACUGUUUAAGCCAGCAAUAUUUGAUGUGAUUUUGGAAUGUAAUUGUAAGUGAUGAUAGAAAAUUGUUAUAUACUGUAUUAUGUAUGUGACAACUGUGCCUAUUUUAACUGGGAUUGGCUGCUAUUUAGAUCACACUAGAAAAUAUUUUGGUACUGUGUGUUUGAAUGCUUGGUAUUUUAGCAUCAUUUUGCAAUAUAUUUUUGUAGCAAACUGAUUCUGAAACCUGAUAUUUUUCAGUUGUAUGAAAUUUUACACUGUAGUUUUCUUAUACACAAUUAUAUGUUUUUCUUAAGACCUUUUGUCUGGUGUCAUGUCUGUGGUACAAAGGGGUAUAGCAAAUUAGCUUGUUAAACUGCUCAUAUCUUCAAGCUCCAUUUCCUUCAUCUUAACCUUGUGUUAAGCUUGUUUGCCAGCACAGUUAAAAUCAUAAUCAACAGAGCAACAAUACAUUAUUCACCAUAACAAAAACAAAACAAAAGUGUAUUAAGAUCAGACGUUUUCUUCCAGCUUUUAAAUAAUUUGAGCAAGGACAAUAGCAUGCUAGUGAACAGCUACAUUAUUGUAAAUAAGAACUUACCUGAUUAAAUUAAGGUUGAAUUUAAAAUGGACGAAAGUUGAAUUUAGACUUUUUUUUCUACUUUAUAAAGUUUCUGAGGGCCUCUGUCCAGAGCUGUUACUGUAUGAGAAUAAACAAAGUGUAAAAUUUGAAA